AUGUGGCCAUUACGAACCCGGAUGGUUCUCACAUUGUACCGCAUUAAGACCAUGGUGUUUGCAAUUCGGAGGGUUACAAAAACUUUGAUAGCUAUUUCUACGCUGUAUGUGAUCUGUCUGAUUCCCGGGACCGUCAGUGGUUGGGGUUAA